UGCCAAACACCAUUAAACCUCAGAUGAAGAAGAUUAGUUUCACCGCGCUUUCUGUUGUUGUUAUGUCGGGAUGAUAAACUGCUAGAGAUGUUGUUUCGGUAAAUAUAAAAAUACAGUUUUCGAAUCUGGUCAAUAAAAAAAACUGUAUUCUCACAGUCGAGAUUAAGUUUUGAAGCAAGCAGGAAUAUCUGGAGGAGUAUCAUCUGAACUGAGAUCUGCUGCUGUGAAGAUGGUGUUUGUUAAAGAAGAGAGUGAAGAGAACACAAGUGAACCAGAAACAUGGAGAAUAAAACAAGAGGAACCAGAAACCUGGAGAAUAAAACAUGAGGAACCAGAAACUUGGAGAAUAAAACAUGAGGAACCAGAAACAUGGAGAAUAAAACAUGAGGAACAAGGAGCCCUGAUGAAAGUGAAAGAGGAAAGACAAGAUCUGAAUGAAGUGGAGAAACAUCAGGAUCAGAAAGAUCAUGAUGUCAAUGGAGAAAAAUCAGUGAGUUGCAGCAUUCAAAAAACAGACGUCAAAAGGCUUUUCAGCUGCUCUCAGUGUGGAAACACUUUCAAACAGAAAGGAAGCCUUACGAAACACAUGAGAAUUCAUCGUGGGGAAAAGUCUUUCAGCUGCUCUCAGUGUGGAAACACUUUCACAUGUAACAAAAACCUUAAGGAUCACAUGUUAAUUCAUGCUGGGAUAAAGCCUUUCAGCUGCUCUCAGUGUGGAAAGAGUUUUACACAGAAAGUACACCUUGAAAAUCAUUUGGUAACUCACUCUUCAGAAAAGCCUUUCAGCUGCUCUCAGUGUGGAAAAUCUUUCACACGUAAAGCAAGCCUUGAGAAGCACAUGCUAAUUCAUACUGGGAUUAAGUCUUUUACCUGCUCCCAGUGUGGAAAGAGUUUUACCCAGAAAGGACACCUUGAGAAUCAUUUGCUAACUCACUCUUCAGAAAAGCCUUUCAUCUGCUCUCAGUGUGGAAAGUCUUUCACACGUAAAGCAAGCCUUAAGAAACACAUGUUAAUUCAUGCUGGAAUAAAACCUUUCAGCUGCUCUCAGUGUGGAAAGAGUUUCAUAUGUAAAGGAGUCCUGAGGAAUCACAUGUUAAUUCAUACUGGGUUAAGGCCUUUCAGCUGCUCUCAGUGUGGAAAGACUUUUACACAGAAAGGACACCUUAAGGUUCACACUGCCAACACACAUUUAUGCUCAAACAACAUGUAAAAGUGAAUUUUUGCAUCUGAUGACUGAAACUUGUGUGCUGUGUAGGGGUGGAUAUUGUUAAGGUUUUAAAGGUGUUACUGCUCUUCCUGAUACUUCUGAUCCAUCUGAAAUUUUAAGUAUUCUUACUGGUUCUUUUUGUUAUUUAAAAAUAAAAACAAAACAGACAUUAUAAAGAAAUUAAAAACAAAUUCAGAACAUUGCUGACAUUUUAAAAUUUCUCAGUCCCUUUGAUCCAAUUUUUAGGAUGUGAACUUUUUUUUUUCUCUCUAAAUUAAUAAACUAUGAAAUAUGUUAAGCUCUUUGAACAGUUAGUUUCUUCUUCACACCAGAUAUGAAUAUCUUAUUAAUAUAAGCAAACUGCAGGUGUUUUAGCACAUGUGCAAAAGGAUAAGUAUAGUCUACAGUUUGCACAAUAACUAAAUGAACAUGGCUUUCUGAUUCUCAGACAAAUUAUAUAUAUUUUGUUUUCGUCAUGUGAGUCUUCACAUACUAAAUGAUCCAAAAUUUGUCAAACGUACUUGUAUAUUCAAAUAUCUACCUGUGUCCACCAUGAAGAUAGAAACUUGUAGCAAUAGUAUUUUUUCCCCUCUCUCUCUCUCUCUGAUUGAUGUCAUUUUGUGGCAAUUUUAUGUUCACUAUAUGUCUCUUCAUGAAAGAAAUGUGUAAAAAUAGACACGCAAAUGACUUUUCUGUUUAUAGGCAAACACGCUACCACACAAAUAAAUGUACUGAAUGAAAUCAAAUGUGCAUAUUC